AUGGCAGACGAAAUUUCCGACAAGUUGCUGAAGUUUAGGCUAUCGGAAAAAGAGGGGGAUGGUCUGGAACUCUCUGAGGAGGACAUAGCGCCUGGACUCCGUGAGUGUCAACUAAGUCUGGUUGGUAUCUGCUAUGGGGAGAAAAAGAUAAAUGUCAAUGGCCUGAAAACUACUUUGGGGAAUAUAUGGUUUACUCGACAACCCUUCAGUAUCAGGGUAUUGGGGUUCAAUAAGUACCAAUUCUUGUUCCAAAAUGAAGAAGACCGAGACAAGAUCCUUAGAGGAAAGGCAUGGUCGUUUGAUGGCCAGUAUCUGGUUUUAAAGAUUUGGGAUCCCAAACACUUGGAGUUCACUGAUGAAGAAGAAGUUGUCAAAGUAUGGGUGCACAUACAAAACCUGCCUUUGCACUGGACGACAGAGGAAUCGGGGUUGAAGAUUGGGAAGAAGCUCGGAAAUGUGGUAAAUGUCCAAGCACCUGGUACUGGAAAUGGGGCAGGACAAAACCUCAGAGUCCUUGUAGAAUUGAAGCUGAAGGAGCCAAUCAUGAGAGGAACCUUCAUCAAAGUGGGCCAGGAGAAUACAUGGAUUGACUUCAGGUAUGAGAACCUUCAGACUUUCUGUUAUUAUUGUGGGAGAAUAGGCCACGGGGAUAAAAAUUGUUUGGUUAAAAAAGAUGACAUAAAAAAUAAUGUGCCUAAGUUAGGACAGUUUGGGGAUUGGCUGAGGGUAGGGACUAGCCCCUUUGGGGAUGGGAGAAUUUUUGCUAGUAAUUCGAGUGGCAGUUACCAGGGGAGAGUUUCCCAAAGCCCUAAUCAUGCUCGUAGUUUAGGCAUAACUGUCUCUGAAGACAAAUCUGAUAAUGGACUCAAAGAGUCUAUUGGGGCCACUAAUGAUGCUAUGUUUACUGCUGACAUGAAUCCUACUCCUAAUUCCAAACCGGAGGACCCUGUGGGGACUGCCAUACCUAGUGUCCCCUUGCAGACUAUGGAGGUUAGUGAUAAUGACUCUCCAUGUAACCCCUCACCCUUGUUUGAAGUAGAAGUCCAUACUUCUACUAGGAUUCCCAGUGGUGGUAACAGAAAAAGACCACCGUUCUCUAGAAAACCCAGAAUUAAGGCAGAGCUGGAUAGACAACUUAUGGUUAUAGAUGAAAACAGUCCCACAGCUUUUGGGGGGGAGAGUAGUAAAAAUGGGAAAAAAAGAUCUCUUGAACUGGACUGUACUACUCCUGAGAUGGAAUGUGCGGCAGUGGGAGUGAAGGAAAAACUUAGCAAAGAAAAUCAGAGUAAUGAAAGUCAGAGCCAAGCAACUAGGGUGGAGGAUCUUCAGGCUGGAGUAGGGCAGGCUCAGAUAGCUGUCAGUGCUCUAUCUAACACCUUGGGUUGGCUGGGUUGUGGUGGAGGAAUUAUCUCAGAUGGAGUAUUGGUUCAAAAAUGGUCUGAAGCUGAAGCAUUUACAGGAACAAUAGAAGAAGGAAAGCUGAGGGCUGUAAGAAGGGCUUUGGAAAAGGCAGAAGAAUACAAUAUGGAAGUCAUCAUCUGCUAUGUGGAUGAUAAAAAUCUUGCAUCCAAGCUCCAGAACCAAUAUUCUUUCACUUGUCAGUUUGAUAUCAUUGCAGUAGACAUUUAUCAUUUGAUUUCUAAGUUUAGGGUGUGUAAUUUUAUUUAUGACUGUUCUAGGUGUUCUGAUUGUGUGAGUUUGGCCAAAAUGGCAGUGGAGGGAAAGCUAAAUGUGGCUUCCCAAGAUGAAGAUGCCCUAAUUGUCUAG